AUGGCCCCCACACGCAACACCGCCUCCACGGCCACCUCCGAGGACAACUUCAAUCCAUUUGUCCUCGAGGAAGUCUUCCCUCCUUGGGGCUCCGAAGCUGCAUUGAUGCAAACCGCCGAGCACUAUGCCAGUGAGACCCUUUCGUCCAUUUACUUCGACCUCAACACCUUCAGCCGCUUCCAGCAGGAUGCAAACGCCGAUGACUUCCACUCGAUGCAGGUCAUGGACAACCUUGUCGGCGUUACAGUGGCUUUCAUGGAAGAGUCAUUUACUCAGUACAUGAAAUCGAAGCGCGUCGACAAGAAGCAAGGUGAAUCCAAAUAUCUUGCAGCUGACAAUCGAUUUUAUGCUACCGUCUGUGAGAUCGGGUGGAAGAUGUCCGCCAUCUGCGCCCACACCGAGGCCUUCCGUCGCGCGUUCCGAGAGGCUGAUUACAGACUCUGGGGAUGUCUCCUCAACAGGAUCCAAGAGAAUGCGUUGAGCAUCGAGCACUACGCUCACAGCCGUGCGCUGGACUGGACCAGCCUGAUCAAGAACGUCACAGGACCUCUUCCAGGCCUGCCAUCCAUUCAGGAAGCCGUUGCUAGUGCAUUGGACUGGGUGGUUGACCACCCUCAUCACACCGUCUUGACACUCGACGGUGGUCUGAAGCACCCCGAAUUCCAGGGGCAAUUUCAGACCAACAUCGAACGCAGUAUCGUUGGAGAGGGCUUUUCUGUAGACCCCACAGCCAAGUCAGAGGCAACUUCCCUCGAGGGAUGUCACAUGUGCGGAAGCUAUGACGACUGCGGAUGUACUCUACAGUCUCGAGUAGCAGAUCUUGUCGAGUUGGUUGAGUAUCCCGGAAAGGGAACCGGAGUCCGUUCACUCGCCUCUUUCAAGCGCAACGACAUUCUCGAUAUCUAUGUAGGUGAGCUUCGACCGAAUGCUAAUCAAGAUGACGUGUAUCCCCUCACCCAGAGCCCCGACGGAACGAACGGUCUUUUCCUGUGCUACGUCUGUUCAGAGAAGUCUGGCAACUGGACUCGGUUCCUCAACCACUCUUGCCAACCCUCGACGCAGUUUAUGGUUCGCACCAUCGGAAACAGAGUUGUGACCACGAUUGAAGCAGUGCGCAACAUCUUGCCCUUUGAGGAGCUGACAAUUGACUACGGUGCGGAUUAUUGGAGCACGGGUAAGCGCACAUGUGCCUGUGGUCACUGGAACUGUUGUAGCAACCCGAGCAGCGCGAGUGGGAGCCCCCAGCCCAGCUCCUCGGUCCUCGGAGGUAAGAUCAGCAAGAACAAGACCACCAAGGGCAAGAAGGGCACCAAGGGUAAGAAGGGCAGUAAGAAGGGUACCAAGGCCAAGGCAAAGAGGUAG